AUGGCCGAAGCUGUGGAGCUGCAGAGGCUGCAGCAGAAAGUGGUACGCGUCGAUGGUAUUCGGGUCGGAGGAGGAUCGAUGACUGACUGCAUCUGCCAGACGGACGAGCCGGAGGAGUUUGAGCACUGGGAGAAGCUGGUGCGCGCCUUGGAAACGCAAGAAGGCGGCCUGAAUCGCAACUCCAGCCCGCAGGCCAUCGCAGUCACCCGAGACACCUACGAUCGCUUCCUCGCGCGCUUUCCACUCUUCUUCGGAUAUUGGAAAAAGUAUGCCGACCUCGAGUUCGCGAUCGCCGGCACCGAGGCCGCAGAGAUGGUAUGUCAGGCAAGAGCAGGAGAUGGAGAGACAUGCGCUGAAUGACGUCCAGGUCUACGAGCGCGGCGUCGCGAGCAUCGGCAUCUCGGUCGACCUGUGGGCAAACUACUGCUCCUUCAAGGUCGAGACCAGCCACGACCCAGAUGUGAUCAGAGAGUAAGUCUUGGGCAGCCCUUUCCUUCCCUGCCCAUAACUGCAUCCAGCAUCACACUCGAAGAGAGCCCGGCCUCGUGGGAAGCAGUGCUUCAUCGCACUGGACUUGGUGAGAAUUCCACCCCCACAGGCUGGCUACUAUGAGAGUCUCACGUCUUACCUAUCAGACCUGCACCCUUCACGGUUGCGCUCACCUCUUCGCUCGUCCAUGUUGCGCGGAUCAUACAACCCCACCGCCCCUCCCUUGCAGCGGGCUCGGAUCACUAUAUCCUAGCAAGAGCGAGCUUACGAGCUCCCUGAAGAUGUUCGCCGCCCUCUCCCUCCUUUGUUUGCAACCACCCCUCCACUGCCUUCCGCCUGUACGACACUGACAUGUACGCAACAGGCUCUUUGAACGCGCUGCAGAGAGCGUUGGGCUCGACUUCCUGGCGCAUCCAUUCUGGGACAAGUACAUCGAAUUCGAGGAGCGCUUGGAGUCGCCCGACCGCAUCUUUGGGAUUCUCGCCCGCAUCAUCCACAUUCCGUUGCACCAAUAUGCGCGCUACUUCGAGAGCUACCGGACCAUGGCCGCGAAGCGACAAGUCGAAGAGCUCGCCCCUCCGGAGAUACUUGCGGGUUUCCGGGAAGAGAUUGAAAGUAAGCCUGCAGCUGAUCAGGAACGCGAGUUGCGAUCUCGUCUCGAUACGUAUCACAUGGAGAUAUUCAACAACACGCAAUCAAUGACGACCGACCGCUGGACUUACGAGCAGGAGGUCAAGCGUCCCUAUUAUCACGUCACUGACCUAGAUGAGGCUCAGCUCACGAACUGGCGGAAAUAUCUGGACUUCGAAGAGGGCCAAGGCGACUAUACACGCACCAAGUUUCUCUACGAGCGCUGUCUGGUGACUUGUGCAAAUUACGAAGAGUUCUGGUAUCGGUACGCGCGAUGGACUCUGGGUCAAACAGACAGGCCCGAGAUUGUUCGCAACGAGGAGGCUCGUAACAUUUACCGGCGAGCGGCGUGCAUCUAUGUCUACAUCAGUCAUCCUGAGAUUCGCCUGUGGUACGCCCGCUUUGAGGAAUCCCUUGGCCGAGCAGACAUAGCCAUCGCCAUCCACGAUGCCAUUCUCCGGCAUCUCCCGGGACACCUCGACACCAUCAUCUCACUGGUCAACACGCAUCGGCGGCAAGACGGCAUUGAUACCGCGUUGAAUAUCAUACGCGCCUACAUCAACAGCCCAGACUUCAACUCGUCGGUCAAGGGUGCUCUCGUCGCCGAGGAGGCUCGUCUCGUUUGGAAAAUCAAGGGCGACCCUGAAGCAGCGCGCCAAAUUUUUGCGAACAGCAAGCAGCAGUUCCUCGACUGCAAGAAGUUCUGGGUUGAUUAUUUGGAGUUCGAGAGGAACCAGCCAACUUCGGAAAAAGAAGAGAACGCCCGUUACCAGCGCAUGAAGGCCGUCCUUCAAGAAAUUCGAUUCAAGACACGCCUGCAACCUGCCACCAUCGCAGACUUGUCGGCAACUUACAUGAUGUACCUCGAGGAGCGAGGUGACAAAGACGCCAUGAUCGAAUGGAUAGAGCUGGACCGACAGAUCAAUGGACCCUACAGCGUUACCGGCAAGGUCGACGGCGAAGUCCCUUCUUCGUCUGCCAAGCCACGCACUGUUCCCAAUGGUAGCUCCUAA